AUCCCGGAAGACGUUAUACGUGACGCUGCGCCAUCAUGAAACAUGGCCGACGAGAAAAACACAAACAAGGGAGUCGACAGAGGAGAGAGAAGCCCGUGUUCGAGCAGAGCUGAGCCGCUCGCAGAGGAAGCUCCUCGGAGAACGAAGCACCGGGACAACAUGGAGGCUGAGAGCCGCGCCACGGCGGAGUACUGCGAGAAGCUGCAGGCGUGGAUGUGGCAGUACUACACCGGCUAUGUGAACUGGCAGAGCUGGCUGGCAGCGUCAGCCAUGUCCUACCCUCAGCAUUUACAGUCAUCCGGCGGGACUGCGACGGCCUCUGUCGAUUUCCUGUCCCCGCACUGGUACAACAGUCCGUUUGCUCUCCCGAUGGCGCCUUACCCACCGGCCGUGGCCUCGCCGAGCAGCAGCCGGGCAGGUGAAGCAGCCGGCGGGGGGGCAGCAGCAGCAGCAGCCGGUCAGCCGCUGCAGCAGCCGCAGGAGAACGGAAACGCACCGAGACCAGGUCGAGAGUAUAACAUCCCUUCACCUCUUCAGAGACUCCUGGCUGAGAUGGUGGAUUUCUUCAUUUUGUUUUUCAUCAAAGCAACCAUCAUCAUUAGUAUUAUGCACCUCAGUGGAAUCAAGGAUGUUUCCAAGUUUGCAAUGCAUUUCAUCGUGGAAGAGAUAGAUGAGGACACAUCAAUGGAGGAACUACAGAAAAUGAUGCUUGUUGCACUUGUGUACCGGAUAUUAGUGUGUUUUUAUGAGAUCGUGUGUAUCUGGGGAGCAGGAGGAGCCACUCCAGGGAAGUUUCUCGUUGGACUCAGAGUCGUGACAUGUGACUCAUCAAUUCUGGUUCAGCCAAACAGGGUGCACGUAGUGCCAGCAACUAACGUCUCUCUUUCUGCAUCAACGGUCCGAGCCUUGAACAAGAACUUUUCUAUUGCCUUCUUUUUCCCAGCCUUCAUCACACUCCUGUUCUUUCAGCACAACCGGACUGUGUAUGAUAUGGUAGCCGGUACAAUAGUUGUCAAGCGCUCCCGGGCCAGAUGACGCUGAAGAGCCCACAGGAGAGUGGUACAGUGAUGCUGAGAAGGCACUGUGUGAUGCUUUUUGAGAAAUGCCAGCAGAACUCCUCAGACGCUGCACUGUCCAGGUAUCGUCUGGACACCCAGCAGCAUUGAGGUGUUGGCAAAGAGAUGGAUGCUCAUCAAUGUGAACUAUUUUACUUCCCUACAACUUGGGUUUGGUCUGUCUCUGACACACACUGUAUUUAUGUCUACAUGCCACUUUCAGAAUUUUUUCCUGUGCCAAAGUAUGUCUCCACCGAAGACAAGAUUUCGCUCUUCUCUUCAAUAACACAAGAUUUGCCUCUUUUUAAAAGCUCUUGCAAACUGAGGGUGAAGGUCUCGUAUCACACAGUAUUUAAGUUGAUAAUAAUGAAUAUAUGAGAUUAUUCCUGCAGUAUAACUUUGCAUUAAAAACUGUCACAAGAGUUGUGAACUCAGACUUUUGGAGUUGAUGCAUCAUGCUCAGCUUUUCAGCUGCUGUAAAACUCUGGUUUAAAGGGACAUUUAAAUUAAUUGAAAGGAAAAGUAAACCUGAGCACAAGUACUCUUCCUUUACACGCAUGUGUACGACUGAAAGAAAUAAAUGCAUUAUAUUUUUUAUGUAAUUAACUUUUUCUUUUGCAUUUAACAAGAUUAAAUGAAACAACCUC